UACGGUUCUAUCUGCUAAUAUUUUAAACACAGCAGAGCUGCUUUCGAGAACUGGGCACAGGUCUUUUGGAUGAUCCCACCACCCUUGACAACACGUCGACAAGAUCGAGCGACGGUGGCAAUGAUAGGAUUCUAUCUUGGUAUAGGAAGCAAAGCAACGCACAUCAUCAGGGAAUGCUGCCAUCACAACAACAAUCAAAUAGAAGACCUUUGCCUUCAACAACCGCCGUGCUAUGCAGCCAACAUGAUGAUGAAGAUUCUUCCAACGCGCAACCUACACCUGUAUUAUGGUCUUCCGAGACUGUCCUGGCCACAAUUGCGUUGUGCACUUGUUCCCUCAUUCACGCAUUUCUCCUGAUCAGUGUAUUCCCCUACUCUGGAUACAUGGCCAUGACAUUGAUACCAUCCCUCACGACGGAAACGGUGGGUCCCUACGCAGGGAUGUUGGCAAGUGCAUUCAUGGCAGGAAGGACCUUCAGCGCCUAUCCCUUUGGAAGAAUGGCAGAUGUCUACGGGCGAGUCUUUGUCUUGGUCUUGAGUUUGAUACUCUCGGCCAUUUUCAGUAUUCUAUUUGGCAUGUCGCAUCAAAGCUUUGCAAUGGCCAUGCUAUGGAGGUUCCUGCUCGGACUCAGCAAUGGUAUCGUGGGGACUGUCAAGACGGUUGUUAGUGAAUUGGCGGCGGAACAACAACCUGAAACAAACGAGACACCAUCAUUGGAAACUCGCCUAAUGGGAAUGGUCGUGGGAAUGAGAGCCUGGGGAUUCUUGAUUAGUCCAGCCAUUGGAGGCUGGUUGGCAGAACCAAUACGACAAUAUCCAUAUCUAUUCCACGGGAGCAGUAGUAGGUUACACUGCCUCGAGCCAUGGCUGACACGAUACCCCUUCAUCUUGCCCAAUCUUGUGGGCGCACUCUUGUGCAUUUUUUCAGCACUGCUAGUGAUAGCGGCAAUCGAUGAAACACUGACACACGACAAGCGACGUAGUGUCCGAAGUAUUCCAGAAGACUGCUUCACGUUUCUAAAGUCAAAGUUCAGCUGUUGUUGUUGUGACGGGACGUCCUCCAAAUCUCUACCAUCCAAUCAUUCAGAAAAGGAAGAUACUCCACUGUUACCUAAACCUGUGGAGGACAGAGCAAACAGCUCAAUUCAACAAAAUAUUUCGUUGGCCUGUGAUACUACCACUUCCAACGAUGAUCCACCAAAACACGACAACCAGAUCGAUCUUCAAUGCAACAACGACACAACCAUGACAGGACUUUGGAAGAACACACAGACGAGAAAACACCUCAUUGCCUACUGGCUCUUUUCCUUCGCUGUUGUCUGCCUCGACGAAUCGUUCCCGCUCUUUUGUAUUUCAGCAAAAGGAGGACUCGGACUGUCCGAGGGUGCCAUUGGUCAGAUUUUGUCUACAGCAGGCUUAUUCUUUGCGUUGUCUCAAUAUGCAAUCUACGUCCAAACCGUCGAUCGAUUUGGAUUGUAUCCUUCCCUCUGGAUUGGGUGUACCGUUGGAUUUCUGCCAGUUUUAUUCAUACCCCUUUCACUCGGCCUGAACAAAAGCCCUUACGGAUAUGGUACACAAGAACCAGAUGGAAUCUCAACAACAACAGCCCUGCAAUGGUCAACGUUCUUGUUUCUCAUGAUCAUCAUGGCAGUGUCCAAAGUGUUUUGCUGCAUGUUCUUUUCCAGUGUGUCGAUUGCUCUGAACAAAACUGUUGAUGCAACCCAACGAGCGGCGUUGAAUGGAUUGGCUACAUUAGGCGGAAGCAUUGCCAAGGGAGCUGGUCCCAUCGUGGCUGGGGUCCUUGUGUCCGUUUCAUAUUCCUCAAUCAGCCCACCCUGCUAUGGGUCCGUUGUCAUUUUUACUACCGUGGCCCUCUUGGGUUUGGCCGUGACGAGAACUUUAUUGGGGCUUCAAACAGCAGUGACACAAGUAUAGAACCGCAGUCAACGUUUGGCUGACAGUGGUCGAGGAGAGAGAUGCGUCUCGAAACUUGGUUUGGUCGGAAACGUAGCUCGAAGAGUUCCGAUGCUUCGUGGACACCGUGAGCUUCGGCCUGACUGUGAGGCGAAAUUCCUCUGUCAGCCAGUUGAGCUACCGGUAGCACAUAUUGGGGCUGGCUGCACACCUCCAGGUUGCACUAUUCUAUGGGAGAUGAUACUUUACAAAAGUUUUCCCCUUUCAGUGUUGGGUUGUUGGUUUCGGUGUUUGCAUUUUUGAUUUUGGGUACAGACCUCUAGUCCCUGUGCUGGCUGCCUACGCUGUCCCACACUUCGAAAGAGGUUGUGGCACACAAGCAAGUAAGUAGUCUAUAGAAAGUUUUUGGCUAGUAUUCUAGCCAACUAGCUAGUAGCUGAAACACAAGGCAGGGUUAAUUUCUUUGACACUUUCUUUACUAUAGUUAUUAGGUUAGUUAUGCUAAGGGACGACGAAUAUAUAUAUACAGGCGGAUAAUAGAUCAAUGGACGGAGCGUCUCGCCUCAUCACAUCAAUCAAUGGCACCGAACCACGGGGCUUCUCGCCUCAUGGAAUCAGAGCAGCACAGCAUGGAAGAGAUGAUCGAAUGGAAGGAACUGUUUUCGCCUCAUCGCAUGAAUCGAUCUCAGGAACCGUUGUGGGUUCUUAUGCUCUCCUGUAGUCAUCAUCAGAAUAGUAGUGAUCAUCAUAAGAAUAGCUGCCGCCCUUGGAGCCCUUGCUUCCUUUGGAUCCAGAGCCCAUGUCAUCACUGUAGGCACCUCCACCCUUUCCUUUGCUUCCUUUGGAUCCUGAUGCAGAGCCCAUGUCAUCACUGUAGGCUCCAUCUCCUCCCUUGCCCUUGCUUCCUUUGGAGCCACUAGCAGAGCCCAUGUCAUCACUGU